AUGGGAUACCUCGAUCAAUUCGAUAUGCAUAUUGAUAUGACCGAAGAUGAGUUUGCUCACUGGCUGAUGCCUAGAGAAGGUGUUACAUAUUCGUAUGUUGUUGAAGAUCCAGAGUCUCACGAAAUUACAGACAUGAUCUCCUUCUAUUGUCUCCCAUCAAGUAUCAUCAGCCACCCAGCCCACAAGACUCUCAACGCUGCAUACCUAUUUUUCGCAGCAGCUGCGAAGACUGCAAUAAUAGACAUCCUGCAAGAUGCUUUGGUUUUCGCGAGGCAGAAUGGGUUUGAUGUAUUUAAUGCGCUUGACUUGGCUAGGCAUUCUGAGUUUUUCAAAGAUCUCAAGUUCCACAUCGGAGACGGAGAGCUCCACUACCACCUGUACAAUUGGAAGUGUCGUCCAAUGGCUAAGGAAACGAAUGCCUUGGUUCUGCUGUAG